ACAUGCAGACAAACUCAACGUGUAAUCCAAUCCAAGCCAAGAUAUCUUGCUGCGCGCGCGAAGACAAUCUGGCAGAUCGGGCCAUCGGGCAGUCAUUGUCGUGUCGUCGUCGUAAACGUCAUGACCGCGAAAAUGGCACGAGCUGCGGAUAGCCACGAACGCCUUGCAGCCUUGCUAAGUGAAAUGCUCAACGACAAGGUGACCCGACGAGAAGUCGAAGCCCCGACGAGCGAAUUUAUGACGAAAGUCUUCUACGGCGUUUUCAAGGAGGCGGGCCUGAACGAGACCGCCUUCGAAAUGUCCCAAUUCCUCGUGCCGGCACACGUGAGCAGCUUCGUGCCAACAUUACACCUCAACAAACUGAUGCAGGUGGUCUUUACGAAGCUGGGCGUCCCCGACUUCGGCCUAUCCGACAUCAGCGACCCGGAGCCGAAGCGCAGUCGUAAGCUGCUCUCGAUACUCUGCAACUUCUGGGUGCGACUGGGUCGGCAGUGGAACAUGUGGUCAGACAUCGAGGUGGGCCUCGCCGCCGCGAAAACUGACCGCGAAGCCAAAAGAGCCCAGCUGGACGCGGUCAAGGCCAAGGUCAACCAGCUGUCCCAGCAUCCCGGCAUCAACCCGGAGAGGCUGGCGGCAGCGCAAGGGGAGCUCGUGGCCGAAAACAAGGCGCUGGCGACCAAGGAGCCAAAGCAGGCGGUUGUGAUGAACGACUACAAGAACUUAAAAAGUGCCAAAUGCCAGGUGACCGAGCAGCUGAAGAAAAGUGAGGUGGAGGUCCUCGACCUGAGGUCUGCAGUGCACGACGUCCAAGCCAGAAUCUGCCAUUCGCCAGAGCGGCAGCGAUGGUGCUUGGCUGAGGAAGCGGAGACAGCGUCUCAGCUGCAGGAGGAGCAUUGUCAUCUGCAAACCAGGGUAGAGGAGUUGCGCCGCAAGAUGCAGAAGGCUCCGAGAGAGCGAGAGGCCUUGACCAAACUCAAGACCCAGCUGCACUCCAGCCUGGCCGUUGCGCAGCGUCUGGAGUCAUUGGUGCAGGACAAGGACAACGCGUCUGCGCGCAGGAAGAGUGCGGAGGACAAAUACCACCGCCUGCUGAAGGAGAGGGAGGCAGUGGCCGAAAAGAAAAGCCAGCUGAACGGCCAGACAGCGUUCCAGCACCAGGCCAUGCAGUCCCAGCUCAGUUUCAAGAAGGAGCAGUUGGCCCAAGCGAAGCAGCGCCUCGAGGAGCUCCAUCUCGAGCGCCAAGAGGUGGUCUGCUCCAAGGAUUCCGAGGUGGCAGGCUUGGAUGCUGAAAUCCGUCAAGUCCAGGACGAAGCGAAAAAGGUUCGGCAGUCCUUGGCGGACAAAGUGGCCGAGACAAGACUGAACUCCCAGCGAGUCUUUGCGAGACACAAGGCCAUGCUCAAAAUGGCCGAGAAGGUGUUCUUUCCCGAGGACGAAGAACCCUCCAAAGAUGCGGAGGGUGCAUCUAAUCUGUAACAACCGUGUCCGCACCUUUUUUUUUUUUUUUUGCUUUGUAUUUUUUUUAAUGAAAAGUCUUAGUGUUCGUCAUUUAUGUAGUCUUUCUAAAACAAGUCGAGUCUCCUGGCACGCUUCGCCUGAGCGGGCUCGCUCCUAUGUGGCAGUGCCACCUUGGUUGGCACUGGCCCAUUGAGGAGGUUUUGAGAGCAAUGGGGAAAUUCACUCUUGUUUCGUGCUUAUCAAGGGCAGUAAGAUACAAAAGCGAAAUUCUUCCUUGCUCUCAAGACUACCUUUGGCUGUAUCUUUGCUUGCUUUGGUUCAGUGAAACUUCACAAUCUGAAAGCUAUGGCCAGAGCAAGCCACUAGUGUUGUAUUGCAGCAUGCGACGAUGGAUUCGUGGAGUGCCUUCUGGUGGAGUGCUCUACGCCAACAGUUCUGAAACUUGUAAUUUUUUUAAGCAUGUCCGCAUUGCUGAGUCUGCCUUCUGAACAGAAUGCAGUGCAUUAAUAGAUAUUUAACAACACAAAGGUUGCAUGGUGUGAGUAUUAACGUUUUACUAGGCAUAAUGUAAGUUUUUAUCGUUGUGAAAGCUCACUGCCUUGCUCUGCAAUUGCCCAGUACAAGUAGGUGACUACACAAAAAACUGUCCCAAGAUUUUAAUUUUUACCAUACUUUUUUCUUAUUUCCUAAUUUUGAAGUCAAAAAUAAUUGUUGCUUUCUUUCAUUUUGUUUAGUCUUCUUUUUCAUUUUGUAUAUAUAUGUCCUUGCACUUCUGUUUUAUCUUCCUUUUACUCUUCACUAAGUAUCGGUUAUGAGUCGGCGCCUGUCCGUGUCCGUGUCUUCUACUUGUCCUUGUCUUUAGCGCUACUUUUAAAUUUGUAAUGUAUAACCAACUAGCCCAUCACAUGAUCCUUGUCCCAAGAAGUGUUACUUUUUUUUUUUUUCAUGUAAUUCAGAGGUUUGUUGGUACUAGAGGCUAAUGCUGGAGUCUGAGGCCCCCUUAGGGUUUAGUUCACCACCAGUUAUCCCAAACUCUGCCAAGUUCUGGCUUGAACGCUUCCAAUGCUGCAUCGUGCACGUGGUGAUGAAUGCAUAUAUUUAAUGUUGGUGUGCAUGCUGUUUCAGUUUCAUAAAAGCAUGUAACAAGUGUAGCCAUAUUCCUAAAUCACUUCUAAAGCAUUGGAUCCUCCUCUGGUUUUAGUUUGUAUUGCUUAUUAAACCAGAAUACUUAUUUCUCUCUCUAAAUACCGGAAUGUACCUGCAAUGAUUUAUUAUAACUCUGGCUCUUGAUGUGCUACUUAUGCGUUUUAUGUCUUUGCACGUUAGGUUUAUUUUUCAUCUGUUUUAUGGAAAAAACUUCUGAGCACCAAUGUCAAAACCACUAUAGUGUUUUUGGGGAUGCCAGCAACAUCAAAGGCUGGAUUGACCGAGGAAAUUUGAGAACUUUGGGAAUGCGAAGCCUCUGGGUUCCUAGGUAGAGGUUUGAGAACUUGUGCAUUGGGGUUAAAAGGCUUGCAUGGUGAUGGAAGCAACAUUUUGCUUGGAGCAGUCAUGUGUUUUUUUUGGAGCAAAUCCUAAUGUGUGUUAGCACAUCCCUUUAAAAUUAAAUUAUUGCACUGCUAAAAGGGCCAAUCUUCAAUAAUAAUGCAGGGUUCAGCUUUGAUAUACAAAUGUUUUACUUGCUACCUUUUGUAAUUAUACAAAUAGUCAUGAAAAGCACAUGACACACAACUGUAUUUUAGAAUGCUCGGGUCAAAGUAGGUUCUGUUUACAAUAGAAAUUAAGAAAAAUAAAGAUUGAAAAUAAAUUAUAGCAAAAUA